UCGGCUCUGGCUGGAAACUGCAAUGUUUUUUGAGCUGCUGACUGCCCUAUGUUUCUGUCCCUACUGUAACUUACUCAAUAUAGAUGAAUAGUUUGGGUCUUGGAGAAGUCUGUUUCUUCCCUUCCUGAGGAAAAGACCUUCAAAGCGUGAACUAUCUUUGUGUCCUAUCUGCUGCCACGUAGUUCCUUUCCUUUGGAGUUCAAUAACCAUGGGGCCAUCGAAAAGAGAAGAGAAAGAGCAGAGCAUAAUCCUGAUCAGUGAUGAUGAAGCUGAGAGCACGCUUGGGAAUUCAGUUCUGUUAGUAGACCCAUUGGAGAAUUCCGCCCUGGAAGAGGAGAAAUCUGAAGAAGUUGUGGAUGAGGAAUGCGAACUAAUGGUUACUUUCUGUAAACAAGCUAAAGUGAUGCCUCAUGCAAGAUACGACUGUACAAUACACCCGUUUGAGCGAAUGGAAUGUGAUACGUGCUCACCCCUUGGGAAAAAUGCUGAUAUUUGUAAUCAGUGCUACUGCUACAUUUGUGAUAAGCUAGCUUCUGAGUGCCAGAAUUGGACAACCCCUUCCCUCUGUCACUGCAAUGCACACAACAAAAGCAAGUUCUGGAAGGACCAGCGUGACUUUGCCUUGGCUGGUGUUCUUGUAAUGUUCAAUUUGGACCUCACAGAUAUAGAUGCAGACCUUCGGCAUGGUGGAAGUCUUCUAAUAAAAUUUAUCCAGGAGCUUUCUGUGGAAUAUAAUAAAUAUCUGGUUGGAGAAAGAAUGCCUCCCACACAACAUGAAUGCUUUUGCCUCCCAAAAUUGCCUCCUGGGCAAUGCAAUAUCUGCAGAUCACGCAACAUGGAGAUUGUAUACAAGUAUUCUGGAGUUUUUGCGCUGGUAACAAGAUUUUUAAAUCAGGCAGAAAGAGAGAGUCCUAAAGCUGCUGCUGUCAUGUUUCUGGGAGCAGCUAAAGAGAUAGCACUCCAUAAAGACCCUGCUUUAAGCUGGCAGAACCUUGGUCAUACUGCUUCAUUAAAGAUUGCUGUCCCUUGUCUGUUGCAAAGGAUCACAACACAACUUCAGAGGAUGCUGGUGUUGUGUGACUUUCCAAAAAAUUUAUAUGAAAAGUUUGUUAAUUUUUUUCAGUCCAUCUCACUUCCAUGUCACUGUUUUGGCUUCUCAAAUAGCUUGAAUGUUGUGCCAUGGGACCAUGUAUUACUGACCACAGUUUUAAAAGGCCAGAAUGUCACUGGUCAAAGAACACAGAAAGGAAGAAAAGUAUUUCUGUGGGAAACACUCCCUGUUAUAGAGGCUCGAGUGGAGAAACUGGUAGAUAAAAAGAACUAUAAAGAAGUUGUUCGCUACCUGAGAGCUGUGAAAUGCAAUGAUACCAAAGGGUUAAGAGACCUUCGAGAUAAAAUCCCAUUCUACUUGUGUAAAACUGGAGACUUCCUCGAUGCUGCGCAUUCACUGUUGUUUCCCGUCAAUAGCCUCGCCUGCUGUACUGCCUGCCGGAUAACACCUUUUCAGUUUGAGGUCUACCUGAAGAUGUUCAGGACAGGCAGUGUCCCCACUGCAAAGGAUAUGCUAGAGCCUGGGCCCUGGAUUACAGUUGGGUCUCCCUUGAAAGAUGGUGUUCUAGUUAAGCAGGCGCUCAAACUCCUUUACAACAAUGUGUCACUAUACAGGAAUCCUAAAUGCUGGAGUUCCCUCAUCAUGAUCUUGGGUAGUAGCAAUUUGCUGGAAAAAAGUGGGCACCUACAUCCCCUAUCCCUGAAAGAGCCACCGCUUGACUUCCAAAAGGGGGUGCUCGCUGCCAGUGGCGGCCUUUUGGAGGAACUGAAGUCAAAAAUUAAUGUAUCUUUACCACCUGCUAUUUUGUCUCCUCAUUUGCACCAUGAGGCUUGUCUUAUUCUCGCAGUGCAAGCAGUACAACAGAUGCUUUUUUGUGAUCUUCCAUACUUGACUUCCUUCUUAGAGAUAGCCCUGGCUUUUGGGAAUAACUUUUGGGCUCUGAGGCUGUUACUGGACCAUCUUUCCUACGAAGAACAUGUUCUCCAUGGCACUGUCAACCUGAUUUUAAGAGAUCUAAAUCGUCAGAAAGCAACAAUGCUAAAACUGUGGCAAAACCUUGGUCCCCAGUAUGUGGGUGAAUUCCUUUGCCUGUUCCUGACUUGCAGACAUAAGAAGAUGCAAUCCAUUGGCCUGUUCACUCUGAAUAUUAUUACAGAGAACCUGCAUAUGUGUCCAUGGGCAAAGCAUCUUUGCAACUUCUUUCACAAUGCAGGAUUAAGGCACCUGCCCCUUGGCACUGCAGCUCAUCAUGAAGUCUCGAAGUUCAUAAACAUUUUUGAAAAACUGUAAUUUGGCAAAAUCUUCAGGAAUAUUUUCCAAUUUGUCUUAAUCAGAGAAAUCUCUUCCUGGAGUCCCCUGUGUUCUGCUUUGGUUGUCAUCUCCAAAAACAUUCAGCUAAAAACUGACUUCAGACAAAUCCAGAAAUGAGCUCCUAGGUUAAGAUGGUGAACAGUGGCUGUAUUUCAGCAGACGUGUUUGGGAAAUUUCCUUUCUUGUAGGUCCCUGUAUUAAGCAGUUUAAUUUUAAAGAAGUGGCAGGUUUAAGUUUUUGGGUUUUUAAAGCCAGUAUACAGAGAGAUGCUGAUGAGGAGGGUGGGAGUAAUGAGGGGAGAGAAACACAGAUGAAGUAGAAAGCACCACAAGUCUUUACUUCUGUUGUGUUGCACAGCUGUGCUGUGGGCAAGAUGUCUGCAGCAGAACAACUGCUGAGAGCGCUAAUGUUUUUUAAAAAAGGAAGAGUGCCUUUCCACAGGUGUACAACAGUAUGCAUUAAAAUACUGUUUGCACACCCUCUUUUAUUUAGUGUAUAAUUCUAAAAAGUAAACCACUCUUGAGGCUGAGGGACAUUAACUGAAGCUUUCUUACUUGCUUCAAGAAACCAGAUUCAGGAAGGCCUAAUGCAGUAAAUAGCUUGUUUUGUUUGUAAAUAAAAAACUCUAGUUUUCAGGGUCUUCCAGUUGUGGGGCUUUGUUUUUAUUUUCUGCAGUGGGUAACUGUUAGACUGGUGCUGAUGGCUCUGGGUUUCUCAAAUCCUUAUUAUAGUGGUAAG